AUGGCAGGUCUCACCAUCAACUCUCAAUAUGCUAUGCCUUCAGGAUACAAGAUUCCUAUUCUUGGCUAUGGUGUAUAUCAAACACCCGCAGAUAUUGCGUCUGAAGUAGUUCAGCAUGCAAUCAAGGUCGGCUAUCGCCAUGUGGACUCCGCGGUAGCCUACCGGAAUGAGCAAGCAUCUGCGGAAGGAAUGAAGAAGUCCGAGAUACCGAGAGAGGAGUUGUUCUUCACGACGAAAAUACCCCCGAAAGACAUGAGUUACGAGAAUUCAAAACGGCACAUUGACAAUACACUCAAGAUCACCGGUUUCGAUUACGUUGAUCUCUACCUUCUACACAGUCCUUAUGGCGGUAAGGAGAACCGCCUCGGAGCCUGGAAAGCGCUCGUUGAGGGUGUACAAGAAGGCAAAAUUCGAUCUAUUGGUGUAUCAAACUACGGUGUGCAUCAUCUGGACGAACUGGAGGCGUGGAUCAAAGAGACGGAGGCCAAGGAGGGAGAAGGCAAGGGUGGAGUUAUCAGCAUCAAUCAGAUUGAGCUUCACCCCUGGCUUGCGCGUCCAGAUAUCGUCAACUGGUGCAAGAAGCGGGGUGUGCUAUGCGAAGCAUACAGUCCACUCGUGCGCGCGACGAAGAAUGAAGAUCCGCUGCUGAAGCCACUUGCGGAGAAGUACAAUAAGACGCCUUCCCAGAUACUGUUAAGAUGGAGUUUGCAAAUGGGAUUCGUACCACUUCCUAAGUCUGUGACCAAGUCUCGUAUCGAAGAAAACGCCCAGAUCUACGACUUUGAACUCUCGGCCGAGGAUAUGAAGAGUUUGGAUACUGGAGUGUAUGAGGUCUGUGCAUGGGACCCCACAGUUAGUCACGAUUAA